AUGGCAGCUGCCGACGAGACUAUAACGGAAACACGGAACAUCGAACGCAGUAUCGGCCGUAGCUGCGGCUCCGUUUUCGCCAGCACGCUUGCACAGAGCCUGUCUAGCGCAGCAAGCCAACUCCUUGACCCCCGUGAGAGGUCUCAGCCAUCUCAUUCCCUCCUCCCCAAUAAUACCCAAGGCCCGUUGUUCUUCCGACCCAAAUGUUACCUAGUAGCCGCUCUCGUCGAGGCUAACAAGCCUAAGGAUGAGGCCAUGGCUAUCAUCGAUGCUAUAGAGCAAUUCAUGGAGAGACAGAGAAAGUUCUAUGAGCCGCGCGCUUGCUAA